UUCCUUUGCUGCUAUUACUAUUGCUAUUGAUAUCUCCGCCGCUUGAGCAACAAAAUGGCGAAAACCACCGAAAUUGUGGUGAUUAAAGAAGCGGAAGCAGAAGCAGAAGCAGCACCAAAACAACAACCCAUAACAAACCUUUUUUCUUUGUUCCCUAAGUUGAACCUGCAACUUCCUUUUCUCAAUCCAAAACCAAAACCUGAUGACAAACCCAGCAUCCCAAACAAGCUGAACCACCAGCAGGAGUGUUCCAAGCCCAACGUUGUACGGUUUCCGAAAACCCAAGUUAUCGUUCCUCCUUCUCUUGAGGCUGAACCUGACGCUGACCAGUUUCAUAACAAGAAUUCCAAUCCUCUCGUACGCUGGCAGAUUUAUGCAUUAGGAGGGUUCCUUAUUUCAAGAUGGAUUUGGGCAAGGUGGAGUGAGAGGAGGGCUCGAGGGAAUUCUUCUAAUGAUGAAGGAAGGCAAUCUGGUGAUGGUCGUCGAUCUUCAGAUAAUGAGUAGAAUUUUUUAUUAGAUGUAUACAAUGCUACUCAAAUAUUUUCACAUAAAUUUGUUUUGUUUUGUUUGCUAAAAAGUGCCAAAUGUUGUAGAAGAUGCUCUUUGUGAUUUACCAAGUGUUGACAUUGAUUCU